ACUGUAAAAGAAAAGAAAGAGAGCGAAAAGAGACAGACAUUAGGAAUUUGCAAAUAAACGGCCAAAUGUCCAGCGUUCAAUCUUGCUCUGUGGAUGCAGCAAAAUUUCGGGAGGUCAAGCACAAGGUUACGGCGAAGGCUCGUCGAACAAAUUACCGCCAAUCGCAGUUCGUUAGUGAUGCUGACCAACCGAAAUCACGGUCACACACAGAAGAUGCAAGCGCCGUGCUCGCUGUAUACCGUCCGUUCCGAUUAUCUCGCAAAUUCAUUCCAGUUUCUCUACAUGCGUGUGUAUGUGUGAGUGCCAACCGCUCGAGCUUCAUCGGACAGCCGUGGUGGGGAGAUACAUCUUCUGCCGAUAAGCGCACCAAGCUCAGUUUGCAUUGCGUUAUUGCACGAUCAACAUAUCGCUGCACAGUAAACAGUACACCUCCCUUUACCACCCACCACCAGAGCAAGGGACGCUAUAGGACACCGACCGCAGACCACAGCAUGGCAGAGAGCAAGAUAACUGUCUCGAUUCGGCCCGGCAACAUUGUGGGCCUGAAGCGCGCCCUACCCAACGGGACCGAUUGGUACGUUUUCAAGGGAAUCCCGUACGCCCAGCCUCCGGUCGGAUCGCUCCGUUUCAAGCCCCCGGUACCGCUGGACACUCUCCCGACCAGCCCGCUGGAAUGCUUCGUCGACGGGCCGAGCUGCUACUCGGAAGAUGUGCGCUUCCAGCGGAUGUCCGAGGACUGUCUCUACCUGAACGUGUACAGCCCACAGCUGCAGCCGAAAACCCCCCUGCCGGUCAUGGUGUGGAUACACGGCGGUGGGUUCUACGUCGGAACCAGCGACUCCGCCCUCUACGAACCGCCGUACCUGGUGCAGCAGGGUGCCGUUGUCGUGUGCAUCAACUAUCGGCUCGGGCCGCUCGGAUUUCUCUCCCUCCCAUCGGCCGGUGUCGACGGCAACAUGGGCCUGAAGGACCAGCGGAUGAGUCUGCGCUGGGUGCGGGACAACAUUGCCCAGUUCGGGGGCGAUCCGCACAAUGUGACGCUGUUUGGCGAAAGUGCCGGCGGUGCCUCGGUCCAUCUGCACUAUCUGAGUGAGGUGUCGCGGGCGUAUUUUCACCGUGCGAUCGCCCAAAGUGGCACCGCGUUUAACGACUGGCUGUGGCAGCGCGAACCGGCCGACCGGGCACGCAAACUGGCCCGGCUGCUCGGUGGCGAGGAGUCCGACACGGACGAAGCGGUUCUUGCCACGCUGAUGGGUGCGAGUGCGGAACAGAUGACGGCACUGCAGAACCAGUGCAUGAGCGAGCGGGACCAAACGAUGUUGGUACGGUUCCCCUUCACGCCCGUGAUUGAGCGGGUGGGUGCGGUCGAUGCGAUCAUUACGGAACAUCCGGCCCGUGCGGCGGAGAAGACGUUCGCGAAUCCAAUUCCGCUCAUGCUGGGAAGCACCAGCGAUGAGGGGUUAGUGCUGCGGGGGUUUGUGAAGGAAAAGCUGCCCCUGUACCAAACCGACCCGACGAGGCUGAUCCCAGUCACGCUGGCUUUAGACAGCGAGGAGCAGGAGCGGAGCGCGCGUGACGCGAUUGUGAAGUUUUUCUUCCAAGAACGCCCAAUUGCGGAGGAAACCAUGCGCAAGAUUACCACCAUAUUGGGUGACAAUUUAAACACGCUGCCGGGAUACAUUGCGGCGGAACUGCACGCUCGGUUCCAGAGCGCUCCACUGUAUAUGUACGUCUUUUCGCACAUGGGCGCGCUGAACAAGUAUCGCGAGGAAUACAAGAUUCCGCCGGAGGAGGUCGGCGCGGUCCAUGCGGAUGAGCUGUACUAUCUGUUCAGCUCUUCCCUGUACAACACGGCCGCAGUGCAGGACCACACCGAGAGUGGCAGGUUCCGGGAGUACUGCUGCAACCUGUGGGUUAACUUUGCCCGGUUUGGCAAUCCACACGCAACGCUCGUCGACUGGGCACCGGUCGAACGGCCGGCAAAGGGAGCCGAGGACAGUUUCUAUCCAGCGGCAAUGAAUCUGAAGAACAUUGGGGAUUGUACAAUGACCACCGAGUUCUUCUACGAGCGGUUCCAGUUUUGGAAGGACCUUUACCGCAAGUACAACGGUUCGCAUCUGCUGCCAAAGGUGGAGUAACGGCUUCGGAUCGUGGCGCCUUCUUCGACGAUGAUGAAUUCAUGUUAACUUUCCCCGCUUUUUAUUAAACUGUGCAAUGAUGCAUUCCCUCAACCGAGCAA